AUGGCCCGCCAACCCUCUCUCGACUCUGAGCGUCCCAUCAUGGCCCAAUCGAACCGAAACUCAAAGCGAUUCUCCACUGUCAGUGGAAGCCCCUCGCUGGCUGCCUCCGACAGCACUACCCUCAACGGCGACCCCAGAAUCGCUGACAUCUAUCACCUCCAUGACGGUUUCGGUCGCCUCGAGAGCAAGCCUCUCAAUAAGCAGCGAUUUGUCCCCACGGAGGAGAAGUCGGACAACCUGAACAAACUCGCUCUCGGGGCUAAGGUCGAGCGCGCUCUAGGUCGGAGGAUGACUAGCCAAGACGCUGUCAUGCGCAAGCCUCUCUCCGAGAAGACUGAGGUGCGAACUGAUUAG